GGCAAUGAAAAUACUUUGUAUGAUACUAGAAUGGUGGAUACAUGUCAUUAUACAUUUGUCAAAGCUCAGAAUGUAAGCACCAAGAGUGAAUCCUAAUAUAAACUAAGGAUUUGGGGGUGUUUGUGAUGUGUGAGUGUAGGUUUAUUGAUUUUAAGAAAUGUCGCACUCUGGUGUAGGAUGUUGAUGAUGGGAGAGGCUAUGCAUGUGUGCAGGCAGAAGUUAUAUGGGAAUCUCUGUACUUCCUGCCUAAUUUUCCUAUGAGCCUAAAACUGAUGUUUUAUAAAGCCUAUUUUUUUUGAAGUAAAAGAAGAAAAUGGCACUGGGUGAAUUCCCUGGGGUUUUGUUUUUAUUUUUGUUUGUUUAAGGCUAAUGGGUUGAGGGCAGAGUAUAGUGUGUUCUACGCAGGGAAGCUAAAACUCUGAAGAAAUCUGUAGUCUUUUUGGCUUGAAGACUGGAGGACAUAGAUCAAGGCAGCCUCUGAGAAAUAAGGGAAUAUCCCAGAAAAGAGAUAAUCAGCGAGGGAGAGUUCAGAGUUUGCAUAUAAGCUUUUUCCAAAUCUCUGUUCUACUUCUACAAUGCACGUGCACAGGGAAGACUUUAAACAGCCCACCAAAGGCCGAAAUAACUGAUAUUUUAGCUGUCACCCAAGGGUAGACAUAUUUUACAGUUUGAGUUCAGACAAGUUAGCUGCUUAUUAAAAUAAAACAAUACCAAAAAUCACUACCCUUUGGAGGAAUAUAACAGAAUUCAAGGUCUCCUUAGCAUAACAUCCCCAAUGUUCAAGAUGCAAUCCCCAAUUCCUUGAACUGGGAAGAAACAGGAAAGUAUGGAUCAUACUCAAGAGAACAGACAACAGAAACCAAUGCUGAGUUGAUCCAGAUGAUAUAAUUAACUAACCAGGAUUUCAAAUUAGCUGUUAACUAUGUUCAAUGACAUAAAAGAAAAUAAGCUAGUAAUGAAUGAAAAGAGAUAGACUAUCUCAGCAAGAAACUAUUAAAAAUUGGAUAGUCAAGAUUAGAAAAAUAUAGUAUCUGAAAUAAAAAUUUACUGGAUGGACUUCUAUAGCAUAUUGUGAUUAUAGAAAAAAGAAUCAGCAAACUUUAUUCAUUUUGAAGAAGAAAACUAAAUAACAUUGAAGAAAGAUGAACAGAAUCCCAGGACUCUAAAAGGAUGUAAAAAUGAUGUAUAAUUCAUAGAGCAACCACUAAAAAAUAAAUACAAAAUGAUAAAGCUACAGAGGUAAUAAAUAAACUAAAAAAAUAACUCUUUUAAAAGUAUCCAAACAAUGGAGAAUUACUAUCACCUGUCUCUAAGAUUUAUUAUGUAUUAUGGCAUAUGGAUCAUCAAUAGAUAAAUGGAACAAUAACCUGGUAAAUGAUCCCUAUUUGUAUGAUUAUUUCACUUUUCACAAAUGUGCCAAAACGAUCAAAUGGGAAACAAGAAAGUCUUUCAACAAAUUGUGCUAGAACAGUAGAAUACCCAUAUGGGAAAAUAUACCUCAAGUCCUACAUUACAUUGUACAUGAAGCUAAUUCAAGAUAAAUCAUAGAACUAAAUAUAAAAGCUAAAACUAUCAAAGAAGAAAUAGAGGAAAAUAUCUUCAUGAAUUGGUAGUAAAUGAAGUUUUUUGGGUAGAAAAAGACCCAAAAAUUGAUGUGUUAGACUUUAUCAAAAUUAAAAAUUUCUGUUCAUCAAGAGAUGCUAUUAAGAAAAUGAAUAGGUGGUGAGACUGGCGACGGUUAGGAAGAGGUACAGACGAAAUUGGAACUUCUGGCUUCGGUGUGGUCAUGUUUCUCCAGUAUUACCUCAAUGAUCAGGGAGACCGGGUCUAUACGCUGAAGAAGCUUGACCCUAUGGGACAGCAGACCUGCUCAGUUCAUCCUGCUCGGUUCUCCCCAGAUGACAAAUACUCUCGACACCGAAUCACCAUCAAGAAACGCUUCAAGGUGCUCAUGACCCAGCAACUGCGCCCUGUCCUCUGAGGGCCCCUUAAAUUUCAUGUCUCCUCUGCUACCCCUCAAGAGACUUUCUGAAACCAAGCUCUUCAGUGUGUGAGCCUAGAAGCCUUCUUAUCAUCCUUGCUCUUUGGAAUCGGUUUCAUCAUUGCCAUUGUUCAUGCUUGUGUGAAACAGUCAUGGUAGCAUACCUCUUAAGGGAACAAGUUUGAAUCUUUCCAUAUUUUGAAUUGCUGCCAGGUUAUUAAAUU